AUGGCAGAUAUUAUAAAUGAUGAUCAUCAAUGGAAAGAAUUGACUAAAUUAUAUUUGGAUAAUGAUGAUAUAGAAGAAGCAAUUGAUUGUAUGUUUAAAGGAAAUGAUUGGAGUGGAAUUCUUUUAUUUGGUGUUGCAUUAAAUGAUGGUGAAUUAAUAGAACGAUUAUUGAAAAUUACAGAAGAAAAAGAAAUUUGGAAUAUUGCCUUUGUUUGUGCUCAUAUUAUGCAAAUGAAAGAAAAAUGUGUUCAAAUAUUACAAAAGACAAGUAGAUAUCCUGAAGCUGCAAUGUAUGCUGUUACUUAUGGACUUCCACCUGAAUUAGCUAAAAAUAUUGUUGAGGAAUGGAAAACUGAAUUAUCUGAAAUUUAUCCAAAACAAGCUGAGGCACUUGCAAAUCCACUUGACAACCCUGAAUUAUUUGUUCUUCCUGAACAACAAUAA